AUGGGCUCAUCUUCUUCAAAGGCAGCUCGUACAGCUAGCGGUGCAGCACGAAGAUAUCCCUCCCGAACACCUCCCACCACAGCUGCUCCACGAACUAGCAACGCGCCCUCACAACCACCACCGCCAGGCGAUCCCUCGAGACCCGGACCUACCGUACGGCCACAAGCCAGAGCGAGCGAAACAAGAAAUGAAGCAAUCAACCUCGACGCCUCCGACCCCGCCUACGCAGCCUCCCUCCGCUCCCUCGGCGCCGUAAACCCACACCCGCAUUUCUCCCCCUCCUCGACCUCACCCUUUGACCCCUCCGCUACCUCCUCCACCGCCACUUCCUCGCCCUACGCCUCCCCCCUCCACCAAUCCUCCUCCCACCCCACCCCCAUCAACUCAGCUCUCGUGAUGCUCGCGGCGCGCGACCGCCUGGCGCAAGAGGCCGAGCGCGAGUUCGACGAGGUGGCGCGGCGCGGGAGGGGAGCGCAGGGAAGGCAGUUCUUGGAUGUGGGGUUGUUGCGGCAUGUGUUGAUGCUAAGGGAUGAGAAGGGGUUGAGUGGGGAGGAGAUUGAGCGGCGCUUAGGGCUGAGGAAGGGAAUUGUGGGGAGGUUGGGGGCGAAGGGGGUGGUGGAGAGUAUGUGA